UUGUUAUUUCAGCACAGGUCUUAAACUGAAACCUUGAUAAGUACCAGGCCAAAAAUAAAAAAAACGACGAUUUGUUUGUGAUCUUUGGAAAAAAGGAAAUUAGCAGUAGCCCGACGUUUCCUUUUUUAUUAUCAUGUCGUCAACUGUCGCUUACUUUUAUGAUCCAGAAGUUGGGAAUUUCCACUAUGGGCCCGGGCAUCCAAUGAAACCUCACAGAAUAUCUCUGACCCAUUGCUUGGUCUUACGUUAUGAUUUGCACAAAAAGAUGAAGCUCUAUCGUCCAUACCAUGCCACGGAACGAGAUAUGUGCAGAUUUCACUCUGAUGAUUAUAUCCAGUUUCUUCGAUCAGUCACACCACAGAAUGUACAGAACUUCACCAAGUACUUAUCCGUCUUCAAUGUUGGGGAAGACUGCCCUGUAUUUGAUGGCAUGUUUGACUUCUGCAAAAUGUACACAGGGGCCUCUUUGGAAGGAGCCGUCAAACUAAAUAAUAAUCAAUGUGAUAUAGCCAUCAAUUGGUCUGGUGGGCUUCAUCAUGCAAAGAAAUAUGAGGCAUCUGGCUUUUGCUAUGUCAACGAUAUUGUCAUUGCCAUUUUGGAAUUGCUCAAAUAUCAUCCAAGAGUGUUGUACAUAGACAUUGACAUCCAUCACGGUGACGGGGUUCAAGAAGCUUUCUAUCUUACAGACAGGGUCAUGAGUGUGUCGUUUCAUAAAUAUGGCCAAUAUUUCUUCCCUGGCACUGGAGACAUGUAUGAAAUUGGAGCUGAGAGUGGGCGAUACUACUCAGUCAAUGUACCUUUGUUAGCAGGCAUUGAUGAUGCCAGUUACAUGCAAGUGUUCAAACCAGUCAUUGCCAGUGUGAUGGAGUUUUACCAGCCCACUUGUGUUGUUUUACAGUGUGGAGCUGAUUCGUUAGGGAGUGACAGACUGGGAUGCUUCAAUCUGAGUAUCAAAGGCCAUGGGGAGUGUGUAGAUUAUGUGAAGUCAUUCAAUCUUCCUCUCCUGGUCUUGGGCGGGGGAGGCUACACAAAGCGCAAUGUAGCGCGAUGUUGGACGCAUGAGACAGCUGUGCUUCUAGGAGAGCAGAUCAGCAAUGACCUGCCUUUCAAUGAAUAUCUUGAUGACUUCGGACCAGACUACCAGCUUCAUCCGGAUAUUUUCAGUAAACAGGAGAAUCAAAACACCAGACAGUACCUGGACAACAUAAAACAGACAGUGAUUGACAACCUGAAGAUGCUGACGUCUGCCCCAAGCGUCCAGAUGCAGGACAUUCCCUCAGACCUGUUGAGCCUGGAAAACACAGAGGAGCCCGACCCUGAUGUACGCAACUCCCAGGAGGAGAUGGACAAGAGAGUCGAGGCCAACAAUGAGUAUUAUGAUGGAGAUAAAGACAACGACAAGGAGAAUGAGGGAUUUCUUGAUGUUUGACGCUAGCUUCAGAGGAAUAUACAAUAGUCUACAUUCAAACACUUGCCAUUAUCAGCCCGCAACAUACCUGAGGAUGGAGAUAUUUUUGACCGGUGCUUGAAUACUUCCUCACUGCCACAGAUUUUGACAAAUCUUGUUCUGACACUAACGCCAUGGUAUCCUCAGUGUCUUGUUUUUAAUUUCUUUUUUAACCGCUUGUAAUGCGGAAAUGAAGGCUGACAUCCUUGCAUGUGGGGCAUGUCUAGACACUGGUGUCCAGGCAUUUUUCAAAAAGGAAAGACUACAAAGAUCUCUAGUGGCAUAAUGAGCAGUAAACGUGAUAUUCACGUUAGAAUCAGGGAUCACGGUUUUCCGUGGAUCCGUGAUUUUCCGCGGUUGCGAAAACUUUCCAAAAUUCGCUCUGCGGUCUUAACUACGCCAGCGGUGGUUCCACCUUAAGUCUGGCUACGAUAGGCCUUGAGUAGCCUGAGAUCGGCCGUAAGGCGCCUCGUGAUCCACGGAUUCGGCUAAGCUCAGCCUAUCGUAGACUGGAUGCGAGUGAGAACAAGAGGAAAGUAUGUGAAAUGUGUCUAUAUUUUGGAUUAUUUUGCUUUUUUUGGGGGGGGGGGGGGGGGUGCACAAUAUAUUUACGGAUGUCUAUCGAAUGGACCGUCAAAGUUCAGGGGUUGGCGAAAAAUUUCACUGUGAUCCCUGUAGAAUUAAAGAAAUGUGUGCCAGACAGGGUGUAAUGUAUGGCAGAGUGUUCUUGUAAACAAGGAUGUUGGAUGGGGCCAGAAGAUGACGAAGAAGGUUUUUUUUUUUCAAGUCUUUGUCCCUGAAAUACAUCUUUCCUUCCUCCAGUUUUGUCUCAAGGGUGCUGUACUGUCAGGAUUCAGUGGGACUCUGAAAAUCUGACAUGUUCCAGAUAUUCCGUUUCGUGCAUGACAGUUUCUUGUGGCAAUAUUUGUAUUGAGUAAAUUUUUCAAAACGUGUGUAUGUAUGGGAAGGGGGGUGUCUGAAGGAGUGUCCUAGUCUUUAAAGAUUUAUUGAGAUUUUACAUUCCCUGUUAUGUUUUUCAGUACUUUGCUGUGUCUCGGAGCACCCUCAACAAGUAUGACCUCUCUUUUUCCCCAGCCUUUGGGUUGAGGGCGAGAAGGCCACAAUAUCAGGACACACCACUGAGUAAUUAGGUCAUGGGUAAUGGCCUGAGCGACUACGCUGCCGAGCAGCAGUAGAUCUAGCAGACGCGACGUGAGCGGUUAGAGAAAGGGAAGAGAGAAAGCGAAGAAAAGAGGGAGGGGGGCUACGUAUAUGGGCUUGUAAUUCAAUUUUUACGGCUCUAAAUAAAAAUCAUAAUUUUUCACUUCACGAGUUUGUGAUUUAGCUUAAACGUUCAUUCUCAUAGGUUACAGUGCAAGAAGUGAAAGAAGAGAGAACUGGUCUCGACUCGCCAUAAUAAUUAUUAUCAGAUGGACGAUUGGUGGAAGGGGAGGGGGCUUUACUGUGAAUAUUUAGGCGUUCCAUAUAUAUAGGGAUUCCACUGAAAAGAAAA